AUGCGCGGAAAAGUUUCCUUCGAAGAGGCCUAUGAGAUCCCUGCCUUGGCCGACAAAAGCCGGGAGCAGGCUGCCUUGUACAUCGCUCCCAAGGACCUCGAUCGGUAUUUAAGUGAAAUCAAAAGUCCUACCGGUGGACGGCUUGACAUUUCGAACAAAAAUGGUAUUGGGUAUACCAUCUAUUCGUUGACCGUCCCUGGUGUACAAGGCAUCGCUGACAAGGCUAAGGCUGAAAAGCAUGCCACUGAUGUCAACAACUGGAUCUACAACGAGAUUAAAGAUCACCGGGAUCGCAUGGGAGCUCGAGCGUUGUGUUAA